AUGCCUCCCAAGAAGGGCACCAAGGGCAAGCAGGCUACCGCUGCUGCCGCCGCCGCCGCCGCCGCCGCCCCUGGUGCCCCUGGUGCCCCUGGUGCCCCUGUUGACCCCGCUGCCGUCUCCGGCGUAACGCGUCGACAGACUCGGUCUCGGGCUGGCCGGUCAGGCGCGGAGCCCUUGUUCGCGCUAGACAUCACUGCAUCCGCUAGGGCUCCGCCUGUCGUGGUUCCAGCCUCGGCGCCGAGACCACGGGGACAGCCGGCGGCCCAGCCCGCAGCUGCCACCGCCGGUGGACGGGUCAGAAAGACUGCAGGAACAAAGGCCCAGAGAGGAAAGGCCCAGGGAGGAAAGAAGGGCAAAGGAGGAAAAGCCCAAGCAGGAAGGAAGGGCAAAGGAAAGCAGACCGCCAAACAAGAAGACGAGCCCGAAGAGGAAGACAAGUCCCAGGAAGAAGACGAGCCUAAGGAGGAAGACGAGCACGAGGUAGAUACUAAGAAAAGCCUCAAGGUGGUUCUAAAGCUGAACCCAGACCUCCAGAAACGCAAGAGCAGAGAGGACGCCCCGAGCCCGGCCACUCCGCGCCACUCCGCCUCGGGGGCUGCAUCCGGUCCCAGCCAAGGCCACGUUGGCUCCUCCAACCUGUCGUCCCCGGAAGCCGCCGGCACCCCCAGGCGUGCGCCGCCCGCCUACCCGCCGGCGACUCCGCCACGGCACCCCCUCAGCUCGGCAUCCGUGCCUUUUAUGCACAGCCCCGGAGCCAGCAGCGCGAGCACCGCCAAGUCCCGUGCCUCUAAGAGCAGCGCGCAAAGCCCCGUCACACCGCGCGGCUACCCGCGGGGCUCGGCAUCAGCGCCGUUCAUGACCAGCCCGGGGGCCAGCACCGUGAGCGCGGGCACGAACAAGUCGGCUGCCUCGCGGCGCAGCUCGCAGCGGCCGUCGAGCGCGCCCGGCUCAGUUGCUGCUGCUGCUGCCGCGCCCCCGUCGUACCUGGGUGCGAGCUUCGGUCUGCGCCAGCGGACGCCCAGCAACCACUCGGCGUCGACGCAGUCGCCCGGCAGCAAGAAGAGACCGCCUCCUGCCAGCGCCACCGCCGCCACCGCGCCCGACUUCUUCAACGCCGACGGCGAGUGCAGAGCGCACGGCAAUGCUAAAUGCUGGUUGUGCGAGCGCGCGGCCAACGCGGCCAUGGCUAGGAGCACCGCCGAGCCGAGCGGCAAGCGGCACAAGAGCAACAGCAGCGGCGGCGGCAGUGGCGGCAGAGGACCGUCGCCGUCGCUGCCCAGCCUCUUGCCCGAGGGGUCCCAGGGGGAGCGAGAGGAGUCCACGAGCGGCGUUUACAGCGAGGGCACACCGCUCAACCCAUUUUCGGCAAUAGCGACGGCGUCGGCGCCGGGCGCGAUGGGCCCGCCGCCGACGCCGACCAUGUGGCAGCAGCCAACAGGAACCUCGCCGCCGCGGAUAAGACCCGGCUCCAUCUCGUCCUGGAGCUCCAGAGUAAGCGCAGCCGGAGCGCCACCCGUCACGCCUGCCGGCGGCGCGCGCGCAGGAGCAGGAGCAGGAGGCCUGCGGGCGAGCGUGACGUCGUCGGCAGGGUUCUCGCAUUACAGCGUACCGGGGGCCAGGCCGGACGAGACGAGCCUGUUCGCGUCGCCGCGGCCCCCGCAGACCGCGGCGGCGCAAGAUCAGACGCCGACGCCGGCGCCUCGGCCAUCAACAGCAGCAGCACCUCCAGCCAGGGCCGGCGCGCCGCGCCGAAACAGCGCGUCGUCGUCGUCGUCGUCGGGGAAAUCGUCGCAGGACCUGCGGGCGAUCGCGGCGUGGAGCGAGAUCGAGGCGGCCUUGGGCACGACGGCUGAGGAGGUCGACGAGUCGGAGGUGCGCGACCGCAUAGAAAACGAGAAGCGUGAGGAUGACUGGGAUCUGAGCCUGGUGUAUGCGCCGUCGCCGGCGCAGGUGCGCGUUGGCUCGCCGGACGGCACUGCUGAGGUGCGGCCCGGUACCGGGGAGCAUGGUCAUGACGAGGAAGAAGAGGAGGAGGGGGACGAGGAAGAGGAAGAGGAAGAGGAGGAAGAGGUCUUCCCUGCAGUCACCUCGACCAUGAAGCAGAUGGAGCACUUGGGAGACGACGACGACGAGAGCGGGCAGCCUUCCCAGCUGUUCUACAGCUCUGUGAUGAGCGAGGAGUAG